AUGGAAUCCGAGUGGUCUGUUGCGUCAGGAGCCAGUUCGAGAAGCCUAGAAACGAGCAACGAAUUCAGCCUUCUAAAGGGCGGCGCGAAGGGCGCGCUGGAUACGAUCGUUCUUGGUGCAGAUGUCAGCCACCCGCCUGGAAAUGGGCCGGAUGGCAGUCCAAGUAUCGCCGCCCUUGUUGGAAGCAUAGACGAGCAUUUCAUAACCUAUCUUAGCUCCAUACGCCUUCAAGCCGGUCGCACUGAGAUCACUGGUGACAUGGAGGACAUGGUGAAAGAGCGCCUUCUGGCUUGGAAGGCGAAAAACAAAAUCUUACCAGGACGGAUACUUUUCUACCGAGACGGCGUGAGCGAAGGGCAAUACCUCGAGGUUAUCAGCAAGGAAAUCAACGCAGUCACUGAAGCCUACCAAGCUGUGGCGGGAACUGAUGCGAAGAAGCCUAUCAUCACCUUCCUCAUCGUCGGAAAGAGACACCACACUCAAUUCUACCCAAAUCAACUCAGCGGCACAGUUGAUUCGACUUUCAGGGGUGCUAAGGAGCCAACGGUAACCCAAGGCCCGGCCUUGUCGUUGAUCAGGUUGCCACACAGCCUGGCAAGCACAAUUUCUAGUAAGCAGCGUCACUAG